CUGGUUUGAUUGUAACGAAUAUUAACGUACAGUGGUUAUUUUCUUGCAGUUUUAUUUAUUUUACUAAUUUCUUGUGUAAUUUUUAAUAUACUGUUAUUUAAUAACAAACAAAUAUUGGUUCCAAUUUUUUUGUACACAGCUAUUUGCUUAUAUUUCUAAAAAUAAGCUGAAUAUAUGGAGAAAAAUGCUAAAUCAAGUGGAUCCCCUGAGCGUACCCAGUACCCACCAAUAUUAACUGCUCAUACUGACACGAGAUACUCAUCAGUAGCUAAGUAUGGAAGAAAAAGGUACCAAAUCAUAUCUACAGUUUCAAAUAGAGCGACUGCAAGUAUUGAAGGCGAAGCUCAACACAGAUACAGAAGAACAAUAUGUUGUUAAAGCUGAACCACGUAGCGGCAAUGAUUCGGAGUCGAGCGACUACAGCGACGACUCGGCGGCAUACGACGAUGCGUUACAUACAUCCAAAAGUUCUGGCCCGAGGAAGAACUGUAAUAGGGGAAGAUGGACCAAAGAUGAGGACGCGAAACUUAAAAUGUACGUGCGCAUAUACAAAGAGAACUGGGAGAUGAUAGCCGCCCAGUUCCCGGACAGAUCCGAUGUACAAUGUCAGCAACGGUGGACCAAGGUGGUCGACCCCAAACUAGUCAAGGGCCCAUGGACCAAGGAGGAGGAUGAGAAAGUGAUGGAAUUAGUUGCUAAGUACGGGCCAAAGAAAUGGACACUCAUCGCGCGGCAUUUAAAAGGCAGGAUAGGGAAACAAUGCAGAGAGCGAUGGCACAACCACUUAAAUCCUUCUAUAAAGAAAACAGCAUGGACGGAACAUGAAGAUAGGAUAAUAUACCAAGCGCACAAACAGUUGGGCAACCAGUGGGCUAAGAUAGCUAAAUUAUUGCCUGGCAGGACCGACAAUGCAAUCAAAAACCACUGGAACUCAACAAUGCGCAGAAAAUACGAACCAGACAUGGAUGGGUUCGAUGCUCGGCGGAGACAGGCGAAGGUGAAGAGAUUCGAGCUUAGCGCCAGUAGUGAUAGAGCCGUUGUUGCUUAUAACGAUAGCAAUUGGUCAGACCCAUUCAACGAGUCGAUCCAAAGCAACUCAUCAACAACAAGCCAGCCGCCGUCCAAACAAGUGUUACACUUCCGGCAGUUACUGAAGGACCAACUGACAAACAUACAGCAAAAUAUCAGUGUACAGAGUACGGGAAGGGAGUCGCCUGAUAGAGGCGGGUUGGUGGCCGCUGAUAUUGAGAUCGUUGAAUCACCUUUUAAGUUCGUGAAUAUAGAAACAUUGCCAAUGGAUUCGCCAAUAAAAAAUUAUUUAUCACAAGCGUCGUCCACUAGCAAUAAUAAUCAAAAUAGUGUAACAUACUCAGUAUGCACAGAGCCAAGUAAGGAAAUAAUCGUACCGUCGGUAUAUUCAUCACCCAAGAAAAAAUUAACGGAAUCCAGUCCACCACCGAUAUUGAGGCGAAAGAAUAAGAAACCAGUACAUAACAACUGGACAGAAAACGUAAAGUCAAUAGAAGGAGCGACUCCCAUAAAAGCGUUACCGUUCAGUCCGUCGCAGUUUUUGAAUUCACCAGCUACUUUGUCGUUCCCUAACUUUGAUUCUACACCGUUGAGACAGGCUGUUAGUAAGGAAUGGGGAGCAAGUCCACUAUUACAUACGCCCACACCCGCCAAUAUUACACCCGGAGGAACGCAACUUAAGAACACACCUAAAACACCAACCCCCUUCAAAAUAGCAAUGGCUGAAAUCGGCAAGAAAUCCGGCCUCAAGUAUUCACCAUCAAGUCCCGGUGUAUUAGUAGCCGAUAUAACAGAAAUGAUUCAACGGGAAGAGAGUGCUAAUAAUGAUUCUGCUAUGUCCAAUGUUGAGAAUGAUGUACAGCAGGUGAACGACAGCGGCAUAGGCUCCGGGUCCCGCGGCAAGGAGAACGUGCCGGGCCACAAGCGUGCCCGCAAGGUGUUGGCGCACAGCUGGGGCGCGGCCACCAGCACGCCGCACGCGCACGCCGUGCCCGACGUGUGCUUCGCGCUAGAGACGCCGAGCAAAACACUAGCCGGCGACAGUUCAGUACUAUUCUCACCGCCGUCCAUCGUUAAGAACUCUCUUCUAGAAGAAUCAACUAGCCUCCAUAGUCUAAUGAGCACAGAAAACACGCCGGAACCAAUGAAAUACGAGGAAAUGGAUAUAGAGAACGUUAUCACGCAAAACAAGGUACAACACAGGUCCUAUAUCCCUACUAAUCCUGAACCUAACACCCUUCCGAGCUUAAUUUGUAAUAAUUACGAAUAUCAGACUCCCUUCAGAAAUAUAACUAAUGUAGAAUCGCCUAGAAGCUUCGCUAGACUCAACGCGGAUAGAUUAAAAACAAUAAAUAAUAGUGAUCUAGCGUGUGAUAAUUUAAUAGCUCCAAAAGAAGUGUUAGCCAACGCGUUAGUAGAUCACAUAUAUAAGGUGACAAACCAAAAACCGUCUACGUCACAAAUUGAUCAAGUAUUAACUAAUAAAAUGAAAAAUAACGAGGUCGAAAAGGAAAAUCAGUGGUGGAGUAUGGAAAAGAGUACGUACACGGAUAGUGAGAAACAGAAUGACGAUCUGUAUAACGAUUAUUAUAUAUUUACUAAUAUGUAAUAUGCAAUUAAUUAUAUAAAAAACUAGCUUUCCGUCCGCGACUUCGACCUGUCUAAAACCUUAUAAGUUAUGUACUAAAACCUUCGAGAAUCACUAUUAAAAAAAAUCGCAUCAAAAUCUGUUGCGUAGUUGUAAAGAUCCAUACAAACAAACAGACGGCGGAAAGCAACUUUGUUUUAUACUAUGUAGUUAUACGAAUAAAAUUUGCUGAAGCAAAUAGCAAUAUCGGACUUAACAAUUGUGUUAAAUAAUAAAAUAAUGUCAAUUGAAUUUGUAUAUUACGGUUAAAUCGAUUCUGAUUAGAAUCACUAAUAUAUUAACGCGAUUAUCGAUGUACUCGAUUUGAAUCGAUAUAUAAUCGAUUGUAAAAUUUUGUUUAAGAACUUACUUAACGUAUGACGAAAUAAAUAUAAGCGACCAAAGAUGAACGUUUCAUCAAAUGAAUUUUCUUAAUAUAUUGGUUAAUUAGGUUUAUUGGGAUUUUUUAUUUGACGCUACAGUUUAAAGUAAGCUUAAAGGAAAUUGGAGCUUGCAUGUAAUACAUAUAGAGUUCACUUUUAGGUAUAAAUAUUACUGGUUUUUCUUUUUUGCAUGUUAGUUGAUGUUAAAAUAACAAAUCUUAAAACUUUUUAACGUGAAAUCAAAUUAAUAAGAAAGACCAGAAAAAAAGUAUAAUAGAAAUAAUGAUUGUUUGGAAACUAUGUAUUUCUUUUAACUACCUUUAUAUUCCUCAAGAACCACUCUAUUAGAAAAACAUCAUCAAAAUCUCUAAUGAUAGGGACGGACAAUGACUUUGUUUUAUAGUAUGUAAAAUAAGCUUGAUUACAAGUUUUAAUUUCCUUUAAACUAUAAAAAUAACUUGUUCGUCGAAUCCCUUAGGUUAAAGUCGAUACCUCAUGUUUACCGCGCACCAAAUUUAUAUUUAAGUUGCAAGUAUUACUUAUAGUUUAGCUUCGUGAGUAUUAACGGCUAUUUAUUCUGUUAAGUUCGGGUUUCUAUAGGUUCUAAUAUAUUUUAUGUGUGUUGAAAAUUUAUUUCUUUUGCGAGAUUUAAAGUUUUGAUACUUGUUACGCGAUCGAACGGAUUUGAUCGUUUUACCAAUUUGGUAGAUUUAGUUUUCGGCUAGUAAAAAGACGUAAUAAUAAGUCGUUAUUCGACUAAUUAAUUAAUUAGCGGAAGGAAUGAAAUAACAAAAGUAUUGCGUUAAUUUUAUAUAUUGCGGUUUGAUAAAUUGGAUAGAUUAAAACUAACAAUCCCUUAGGACCUGUCCCAUCCUUAUAUUUAUUAUUUAAAAGUCUAUUUGCUUUGUGAUUUGCUAUGUCGUACGUAUUAUGUAAUAUAAUUACGAACUAUUUAUUUUCUAUCUCUGUUAAAUAUUGAAUCGGCAGCUACUUAAUAAUUAUUGAAAUAAAUUAAUGACAUUUUGAUCCCAUUUCAAUCCCACCUUGUCCCGUUCUAUCCCACACCUCUCCUACAAUAUUGACAGACCAGUGUUGAUACUUUAAAAACAUAUUUAUUUUUUGUUGUAUAUUUUUGUUAUUAAUUUAUGUCUUAAAUUGUUUUAAUUUAUUCUAUAGCUGUAAUGAUUUUUUUUUGUAAUUAUGUUUUUUGUAUUAUUUUUUCUGUUUACUUUGUUUCGCUGUCAAUAUUGAUAGUUUCCAAUCCAAAACUCCAUAUAGUCCGAUGUCAUUGUUUAUUUCAAUAAAGUUAUUUAUCACAGUA